AUGGUGCCAGCAGGUACACCUUCUAGCCCGGGAUUCCCCUUCCACAGUCCGAAACCACGUCAAAUUACAAAGCUGGCCUUCGCUGGUCCUUCAGGUUCUCGGUCUGCUCCUCCAUCCCCUCAUACGCCGGUCACCGCCAACAAUAACCUCGCGCAGCCCUACGCCUCCGGCACGUUCAACCCGGACGGCAGUCUCAGCGUAGUCCGCAACGACGACGAUGCCAACAACAGCGGUCUGCUCGACUUGAGCCCCGCGCUAUCCAGGGUCGUCAAAUCAGCUAGACCUAAUUUUGCCAGCUCGCCAACUUCAUCCAAACGCCAGCGCAUCCAUUCUCGAACAUCGUUUCCACAUCACCACCAGAAGCUCGACUCGAUCGCUGAUGAAGACUUGAGUGGCCUCGGAGCCCAGCUUGCGCUGCCGAAGCGUCGAUCGGCGGCCAAGUCACGGCUCAGUAGUCACGCCAACUUUGGUAAUGUUGUACAGUCGUCUCAGCCGGCAGAGGAUCACUUGCACUCCGAUCCGCUUGGAUACAAUGGAGUCGCUGCAUCUUCAGACGUCGAAGCCGAGAAGGACGCUGCUGCGCCGUCUUCUUCCUCGCAGCCAGCUUACGCGGAACCAGCCGGCCUAGCUCUCGAUUCGGGCGACGACGCAGACGACAUCUCACUCGACCAUGAUGAAGCAGAUUCGACACUGACCCGCCUCCGCAGGUGGCGCCAGGAUGCGAUGCAGCAGCAUCUGUACGAUACUGCCAUCUUUUGGGGCUCCAAGGUGUUGGCUCUCGAAACCACAGCAGCGGCCUUCAACGAUGCCUACCACCUCGCCCAGUGCUAUUUCUACACGCACCAGUACGCUCGAGCUGAGCAGCUUCUCACAUCGCCACUUCGAACCGGUACGUCUCGAUCGCGAGGUGCGACAGCGGUAACUACUGCAUCGGCGGGAAACGGCGAAACGGCGCAUUACUCGGCAAAGCAGACGGGUGCAGAAGGGUUUCUACCGUCAGACAACGUGCAGGAGGACGAAGACGCGUUGCAGGAGGUGUUGCAGCGCACACGGUCGGCGUCGAUCCUGCCUGCGAGUAUCAUGGCCCGGUCGACGACCAAGGACAGCAUGUAUUCGGCUACCUCGUCCACGACGGGUAAGCGCAAGAAGCGCGAUUUCAAUGUCACCGCUACCGGCACUGGUUCGUCACAAACCGAGAGCAGUGGCAGAGACGCCGAGUCGGACGAAGAGUUCCUCAAAGAUGCAUCAAUCGAUAACGAUAACGAGCAGGAAGGUUCCGUUGUAUUCAAAGAAGCUCCUGCGCGGCGGCAUGGGACGAAACAAAGCACGCAGACCGGAGUCGACCUGCAAGCCGACGUAGACCAGGUCAAGAACAGCAGCGUUGCGCCCGCUCACGGGCCGAUCCUCGUUAACCACAGUCUCGCAUGUCGGUACCUCGCUGCGCAGUGCCAAGUCCGUCUAGCCAAGUACCACGAAGCGCUCGACCUGCUGGGCGAAACGGAGCACUGGGGCACCUCGGCGAGCAACAAACGCCCGUCCAACGACGGCGGAAUCAAGCUCGGUUCCUCCGUAGCCUACCUGCGUGGGCAAAUACACCUGCGGCUGGAAGACCUCCCCCGCGCGCGCGAUGCAUUUAUGGCAGCCCUCGCGCUCGAUGUCAAAAACUACGAAGCAUUUAGUGCACUCAUCGGCGGCGAGAUGCUAGGCGUGCAGGAGCAGUGGGCAUUCGUGCAGGGCUUGGAGUACGCUGCGCAGGCAGGCGCGGGCGAGGAGGCGGAGGAGGGGGCGGAGGCGGAUUUCGAGAUGGUGAGGCUGCUGUAUACGACUCAGCUGUCGAAGCGGGGGGAAAGGCUGGUCGAGACGACGGCGGUGGCGCGGCGGAGGUUGGUGGAGGAAUAUGGGUUAGGGGAGGACGCGGAUGUGCUGUGCGGGUUGGCGGACGAGCUGUUCUCGCGAUUGCGGUUUGCGGAUGCGUUUGUUGUCACCAGCCGGGUGCUCGAGCUGUGCGCAGACCACGCAGCAGCGCUGCCGAUCCAUAUUGCAUGUACGUAUCACCUGCGCAACCUGCGGCCCGCGCUGUUCAUGCUGGCGCAUAGGCUAACCGAGCUGCAGCCGGAGGCUGCCGUGUCGUGGUACGCCGUGGGCACGUGGUAUGCAACGACGCGCCGGUGGGCCGAGGCGAGGCGGUACUACAGCAAAGCGAGUCUGUUGGAUCCGCGGUUUGCGCCAGGCUGGAUUGCGUUUGGACACACAUUUGCCAUGGAGGGCGAGAGCGACCAAGCAAUCAUUGCGUACUCGACGGCCGCGCGCCUGUUCCCGCAGUCGCACCUGCCCAAGCUGUUCGUGGGUAUGGAGCACCUGCAUCAGGACAACCUGUCGCUGGCGCGGCUGUCGCUCGAGGGCGCUGCGAGCAUCUGGGCGCACGACCCGCUGCUCGCCAACGAGCGUGGUGUCGUCGCGUUGCAGACAGGUGACUUGGAGGGUGCAGCCGAGUUGUUCGGCAGUGCGAUCGAGAUGGCGAAAGAGACGCAGCAUCCGGCAGCGAGCUGGACGGCGUGCUACUUGAAUCUGGGACUGGCGCUGAUGCGAAUGGGCGCAAGGGACGUCGAGGCGAGGCGCGCGUUGGAGAGCGUGGUCGAGUUGGAUCCGCACAGCUAUCAGGCGCAUCUGGGGCUGGCGAUGCUGGCGCACAAGCAGGGCGAGCUGGACGAUGCCAUCCAGCACUAUCACGAGGCGCUGUCGAUCAAUCCGCGCGAUGCGUAUGCUACGGAGCUACUCGAUUUCGUGCUGGAGGAAAAAGUGCAUUAUGGGGUGAACAAGUUCAGCAAGUAUGACCCCUUGGGCAGGCUGGGCAAGCAUUCGCAGUCAGAACAGCAACAAGGCGAGGCCAAGGGCAAAGGUAAGCAUCGUCAGCUCGACACAUUCGCACAACGACCAGGUGAGGAUUUGGAGACCAUCCUCGAAUCGCCUGUCGUGUCGGCAACGCCUCCUUCCCGACACGGCUCGGCACAUGACGGAGCGACCGCGAGAGAAGACACGUCGACUGCCACCGCCGCCGAAAUGAGCCUCGACGUUUCCGCCGAUGCGUUUCGGUCCCAACAUAGUCUAGACUCGGAUCUUCCCACCGAACGGUACGACCAGAGCAGCGUUCUCAUGGACGAGUCGACGUCGUAA